CAGUGGUUGGCGCUUAGCCGGGCACUCCGAGAGUGAGGAGGUUCCCUGCCGGAAGCGGCACUGAUGCCAGUCAACGGAGGUGCAAGCGAUUAGGUCCCUGCAGCCCAGGCUAUAAGCUGAGCGCUCUUCCCUGUUGGGAGGCGACGGCCCAGGCGCUGGUCUGCGAGUGAUGCUCGGGCAGGGCCGGACCCCCGUCUUUUACGUUGCUGUGAAUGGAGUGCAGAAUCAUUCGGCGUGUUUGCCAUGUUGGGCGGUUUCUAGGAAAGGGCUCCUGUUGACCCCUUACAACUGGAGUCGGAGGGCAGCCAGGGGAAGGUGGGCGUGGCGAGAGCGGGCAGAAGUGGAGACGGUCAAGGCUGGGAACACUGGUUGCAGUCAUCUUUGCCAGUCUAGUGGGACCUCUGAGAGGCCCAUCUGUCAGCUGUUUGGAGGAAGCGUUAGGGGAACUUCUGGGAUAGAGCAGGGAUUGGAGGCUAGGAACCAGAUGAAGGAAACCUCUGGAGUAUACAGGGACACGGAAAGGCAGGUCUGGGAGAACUGAUGUCUGAUGGCCUGACAUAUUUGUGGCUCUGGGCUCAGGAAUGAUUGGUGUGAGGAUACAGCAGUCUGGGCUCCAGGGAGGUGGAGGUAGGUGUGGUAAUAGAAGCACUCAGGCUGGUUUUGAGAGGAAGGUGCGUUAGGUUACCCCAUUGGAGAACUGGAGUUGGAGCUGGCAUGGCCGGGUAGUUGUUUGGCUUGAGAACCUAGUGCCCUGUAAGGCAGAUACAGAAGGUGGGGCUCUGAGGCAGGACCCCUGACCAAGGACUGUACCGUGGAUUUUUGGACGCCUCCCAGCUAUGCUCAUCUCAUGCCCCAACAAGGAUCCCGAUGUUGGCUACUACAUGGGCAUGUGCUUUGCAGCUUCAGAAAAGCAGCUCUACUCCCCUGGUCAGGCCUCAGAGGCCUGGCAGCUCUUCCUUCUGCUGGCCGUGACCCUUCCCCUUGUCUCCUGUACCCUGAUCUACUACUGGUCCUGGGACAAGUGGACCCGACACCCUCUGGCCCAAACCCUGGCCCUUUAUGCCCUUCCACAGUCAGGUUGGCAAGCGGUUGCCUCUUCCAUCAACACGGAAUUCCGGCGGAUUGACAAGUUUGCUACUGGGGCACCUGGUGCUAGAGUGAUUGUGACAGACACAUGGGUAAUGAAGGUGACAACAUACCGUGUGCAUGUGGCUCAGCAACAGGAUGUUCACUUGACUGUGACAGAGUCUCGGCAGCAUGAUCUCUCACCAGACUCAAACCUACCUGUGCAGCUUCUUACCAUACGUGUGGCCAGCACCAGCCCUGCUAUGCAGCCCUUUGAUAUUCGGCUGAACUCAGCAGAAUAUGGCGAACUAUGUGAGAAGCUCCACGCACCAAUCCGAAGUGCAGCCAAUGUGGUUAUCCGCCAGAGUCUAGGUGACCUCUUCCUAGAAACAUUUGCCUCCCUGGUGGAGAUCAACCCAGCCUAUUCAGUGCCCAGCAACCAGGAACUUGAGGCCUGUAUAGGCUGCAUGCAGACACGGGCCAGUGUGAAGCUGGUGAAGACUUGCCAGGAGCCAGCAGUGGGCGAGUGCCAGCAGUGUUAUUGCCGUCCCAUGUGGUGUCUCACUUGCAUGGGCAAGUGGUUUGCCAGCCGCCAGGAUCCCCAGCGCCCUGACACUUGGCUGGCCAGCCGUGUGCCCUGCCCUACUUGCCGUGCCCGCUUCUGCAUCCUGGAUGUGUGUUGUAUACGCUGACCUAUUCUGUGUCUCCACUAGCCACUUAUGAGGAGCAGCUAAAGCUCCUUGACCUUGGCAAAAGGUUCUAGUCAAAGCACACAUGUAUCUACAGCCACUCUCUGCCUUGAGUCUGUGGUAGGUUUGAGGAUUUUGAUUUAGAAGUUCUCAUGGAAAUGUCCUAUCCCAUACCUUCAGCACCUUCUUGCCCUACUUACCUCCAGGUGGGGCUGAUAUUUCACAUAGAUUGCUCCAAAGUCCCAAGAUGUUGGAAUUUGACCCAGAGUUUUCAUUUGGUCGGUUUGCCUUAAUUCUAUCACAGAUCAUAUCUGCCCCUCAGAACCCUGAGAAUUAUAAGCCAGACCUACAUCUGUCCCAGAGCCUAUGAUGUUGGGUAGAUGUUGACAGUUGAGAGGGUUACCAGUGGUGCCACUCCAUUGCGAAGUCCUUUUCUGCAGCCAGCCGAGGGGAGGCAGGAGCAACAACCUAGGGCUAGGCCAGUUACUCAUGAGGGUUGCAUAUGCUUUAGAGGGCCCACAAUGCUUUUGGUGUCUUCUCUUGCUUCUGUAGUCCAGGGGAGGCCAAGAUCUCAUACUCCUGGCCCUAGGAAAGAACUGAAAAGCCACAACAGUAUCCAGAAAGAAACCCACCAGGGAUGUAGUACAGGGUUAGCUAGAGCCCUUGUGGUUUGCUUGGAUCAGGAGAGGGUGGGUACCUCAGUGGUCAUGGUUCUGAUGGAUGUACCAUUCACUUAUCUAUAGUGCAGGUGGGAGGGGGAGAGGUUGCCCUUUACUCUACACCUCUGACACAAGAAGCUGCAGGAGGGAGAACUUUCCUUCAGCUUGUGGCCCUGAAGCUCCUACAUUUGGCUGCUUCAAGCAGUAGUGACAGACCAAACUAGCCCCUUACCCAGUCAACACUGCACCUAACUUGAGGGAUUUGCUAGCAGAGCAAGCACAGUUCUGCCUGUCCUGAAGCAUGGCCAGGAGUCAUCCAGUUUCAAGGGCCACCUAACAGGGGCCAAAUGGUUUGAAGUUAUUUUAUUUUUUAACCACAGAGAAGUUAAUUUUAUAAUGAUAAAUGUAAAUGUCGCAAAAUGACACAGUAUUUAAUAAAGUGUUACUUUCCAA